CUGCCUCGACUUGACUUGCACUGGGGGCUCCUCCAGAGGAAAAAGGCGGUCGCUCCCACUUGGCCAGCUUAUGUGAGUGGCAAUCCGCACGAGGCCAAGGGAAGCUUGUGCGAACUUUGGAAGAAUUUCGUGCCGUCUUGGGGGAGGCAGACCUCGCUGACGACAGCCGUGACACCCAACGCCCAGCAGAGCGUGGCUUACAAAGACUUCAUUUACUUCACCGUCUUUGAAGGGAACGUGCGCAACGUGUCUGAAGUCUCCGUCGAGUAUUUAUGCUCUCAGCCUUGUGUUGUCAAUUUGGAAGCGGUUGUUUCAUCUGAGUUCAGAAGCAGCAUUCCCGUGUACAAAAAAAGGUGGAAGAAUGAGAAACAUCUUCACACUAGCAGGACGCAAAUAGUGCAUGUGAAAUUUCCAAGCAUUAUGGUGUACCGCGAUGAUUACUUCAUCAGACACUCCAUCUCGGUCUCUGCAGUGGUGCUCCGCGCCUGGAUUACUCACAGAUACGGCAGUGGAGACUUGAAUGUGAAGUGGGAGGAGAACUUGCUCCACGCUGUAGCAAAGAAUUACACUCUGCUCAAGACAGUCCCGCCUUUCGAACGCCCUUUCAAAGACCAUCAAGUGUGUCUUGAGUGGAACAUGGAUUACAUAUGGAACCUUCGGGCAAACAAGAUUCCACAGUGUCCUCUGGAAAAUGACAUGCUUACCCUCCUUGGCUUUUCCUACGCCUCCAGUUUACAGUUUCCUUGUGGCUUUAUUUACUCCGUUACUGCAAGGCCAGUCUCUGUGGGAUCCUGUACUUCGUGGAUUCUAAUGAGAUGUACGGCACGCCUUCUGUAUUUCUUACUGAAGAGGGUCAUUUGCAUAUUCAAAUGCAUCUUGUCAAAGGAGAAGACCUUGCAGUAAAAACUAAAUUCACCCUACCUUUGAAGGAGUGGAUUCGGCUGGAUAUCUCUUUUAAUGGAGGCCAGAUAGUAGUAACCACCAGCACUGGACCGGAUUUGCAAAGCUACCAUAAUCAGACCAUUAGCUUCCAGGAGGAUUUCCAUUACAACGACACGGAUGGUUACUUCAUUGUUGGAGGGAGCAGGUACGUGGCCGGCAUUGAAGGAUUUUUUGGACCCCUGAAAUACUAUCGCCUCCGCAGUCUACACCCGCUGGAGAUUUUUAACCCUCUCCUUGAGAAUCGACUUGCCGAACACAUCAAGUUAUAUUACGAAAGGUGUGCCGAGAUUCGGGAGAUCGUGUCUGUGUAUGCGUCUGCGGUCCAGCACGGAGGCACGAGACAAGAGUCAUGUCACCUCCGCAACUCGUACCUGGACCUCAAGCGCAGGUAUGGGAGCCCCUCGACGUGCCGGGCCUUCCCCUGGGAGAAGGAGCUGAGAGACAAGCACCCCAGCCUGCUCCAGGCCUUGCUGGAGACGGACGUGUUGGUGCCAAGGAACCACAAUGAAUCCGUAUUAGACGUCGGCGGGAGGAUGUUCGAGAAGGCUGCGAAGAGACUGUCCAGCGCUGACGGUCUUCACCAAAUUAGCUCUGUCAUUCCCUUGCUGAUGGACUCCAGCUGCUGUGGGUACCAUAAAGCAUCCUACUACCUUGCAGUCUUUUAUGAAACCGGAUUAAACGUACCUCGGGAUCAGCUGCAGGGCAUGCUGUAUAGUUUGGUUGGUGGCCAGGGCAGUGAGAGGCUGUCUGCGAUGAAUCUCGGGUACAAACACUACCAGGGGAUUGACAGCUACCCCCUGGACUGGGAGCUCUCGUAUGCCUACUACAGCAACAUUGCCACGAAGACGCCCCUGGACCAGCACACGCUCCAAGGAGAUCAGGCUUAUGUCGAAGCAAUUAGAUUGAAAGAUGAUGAAAUUCUCAAGGUUCAGACCAAAGAAGAUGGAGAUGUCUUCAUGUGGCUGAAACAUGAAGCUACCCGAGGCAAUGCAGCAGCGCAGCAACGAUUGGCCCAGAUGCUGUUCUGGGGGCAGCAAGGUGUGGCGAAGAAUCCCGAAGCUGCCAUCGAGUGGUACGCCAAGGGAGCCCUGGAGACCGAGGAUCCCGCGCUAAUAUACGACUAUGCCAUUGUGCUAUUCAAGGGUCAAGGAGUGAAAAGGAACAGGCGGCUGGCCUUGGAGCUGAUGGAGAAAGCGGCUUCCAAGGGAUUGCAUCAGGCAGUCAACGGCCUGGGAUGGUAUUACCACAAGUUCAAGAAAAACUACGCCAGAGCCGCCGAGUACUGGCUAAGAGCAGAGGAGAUGGGGAACCCGGACGCGUCGUACAAUCUCGGCGUCCUGUAUUUGGACGGCAUUUUCCCAGGCGUUCCUGGAAGAAAUCAAACGUUAGCUGGGGAGUAUUUUCACAAGGCCGCACAAGGUGGACACAUCGAGGGGACCCUCUGGUGCUCCCUCUACUACAUCACGGGCAACCUGGAGACGUUCCCCAGAGACCCGGAGAAAGCCGUCGUAUGGGCAAAGCAUGUAGCGGAGAAAAAUGGCUACUUGGGCCACGUCAUUCGCAAAGGCCUCAACGCCUACCUGGAAGGCUCAUGGCACGAAGCUUUGCUGUAUUAUGUUUUAGCAGCAGAAACUGGAAUUGAAGUGUCACAGACAAAUUUAGCGCACAUCUGCGAGGAGAGGCCAGACCUGGCCAGGGAGUACUUGGGCGUUAAUUGUGUUUGGAGAUAUUAUAAUCUCUCUGUGUUCCAAAUCGAUGCUCCUUCAUUUGCGUAUUUGAAAAUGGGGGACCUUUACUAUUAUGGCCACCAAAACCAGUCCCAGGACCUCGAGUUGUCUGUGCAGAUGUACGCCCAAGCGGCACUGGAUGGAGACUCCCAGGGAUUUUUUAACCUGGCUUUGCUAAUUGAGGAAGGUGCUAUUAUCCCAAACCAUAUUCUGGAUUUCUUGGAAAUUGACCCUACUCUCCAUUCUAACAACAUCUCCAUUCUCCAGGAGCUGUAUGAAAGGUGCUGGAACCACAGUAACGAGGAAUCCUUCAGCCCCUGCUCCCUGGCCUGGCUCUACCUUCACCUGCGGCUUCUCUGGGGCGCUGUCCUGCACUCUGCCCUGAUCUACUUCCUGGGAACUCUUCCCAUUCCUGUGAUCGCCUGGACUGUGCAGUACUUCCAGUCUGCCUCAGCCAGAGGUUCCGCUCCAUCACCAGCCCGGGCCUCCCCAGGCCCCGCCGCUCUCACUGCAAGUCCAGCUGUGAGUCCAGCUGCAGAAGCCUCCGACCAGGACCAGCAGCCCACGGUCGCUAAUAACCCGGAGCCACGUGGGUGAACUGUGCACCCCAGGUCUCUCCAGAGGAGAGGGAAUCCUUUCAACAGCCGUGUUGGAAAGCUGGGGCCAGGGCAUUACUCUGAUAAACACUUUACAUGUUUUGUCAACUGGA